AUGUGCAACCAACUGACAACCAGCUAUUCCUGCGGGCACACCAAAACAACACUCCUGCACUGCCCUCUCCACGACCCCCAAGACGCCGGCGCCUUCACUACCCCUUCGACGUGUCGGCGCUUGAAGGAGACCACGAAGAAGUGGCAGUGCGUGUGUACGUACUGCGAUGAGCAGCUAGUCCGCGAGGCAGAGGAGGAGGAGAGGAGACGGAGGAGUGACGCCAGGGAGCGUGAGAGGAAGCUGAUGAAGAUGAAGAAGGAGUGUAGUGUGAUUUCUUACGAUUUGUUUGCCCAUGUGUUUGCCCAUGUGUUUGCUCACACUGUGAUGUUACUAUGA